AGUGCCAUUUUCUUUACCAAUUAUAUAUUUUGUGUUAUUCGUUAUUACCCAUUGUUUAUUAUUAACCAUCACGGUUCAUUACUAUUGUUUUGUUUCCUAUCAUGUCCAAUGUGUGACGUCAUUCCUGGCGACAGUAACUACAACAUCCCGAGUUCCCUUUUGUAGCUUGUGUAUCAGAAACGACUGAUAAAAAUACACACGAAGAAGGAGAAGCAUACAGAGACAGGGAUGGCGGAGGAGGAAGAGCGCGGACCCGGUUCAGUUUAUCAGAUGUUCGUGCUGAUGGAGGAUCUGCUGGAUAAACUCAAAGUUCUGGAUUAUGAACAGCAUGUUCUGGAUAAACACAACAUCAAUCCUCUGUCUAGGCAUUAUUUUGUCUCUAGCCCUCACAUGUUGUCCAAUUCUGGAGAGCAGUUCUAUAUGUUCAGUGUAAUUGCUGCCUGGUUGAUUUCUCUGUGCGGGCGGCCGUUUGACACACCGCAGGAGUACGAUGAUCCCAACGCCACCGUCUCCAACAUCCUGUCCGAGCUGCGUGCCCUGGGUGGCCAGGUCGAUUUCCCACCAUCUAAGCUGAAGUCUGGAUCUGGAGAACAUGUCUGUUAUGUUCUAGAUCAGUUGGUAGAAAAGGCACUAAAGAGUAAAGGAUUCACCUGGAACAGGCCUCUGUACCCGACUGUGGAGGUGGAAGAGGAGUGUGUGCAGGAAGAUGAUGCUGAGCUCACACUCAGUAAAGUGGAGGAAGAAAUGACACAGGAGGAUGAGGAGGAUGAGGAAGAGGAUGGCCUUGAUUUAGACGCGUUGAAGACCAGAACCAAUCAGAGUGAACUCAGUGGAUCGAGGCCUGCGGUGGGUCUGGAGUCAGAUGUUAAUGCCGCUGAGUGGAAUUUGGAGGUGGAGCGAGUUCUUCCACACCUUAAAGUCACCAUUCGAACUGACAACAAGGAUUGGAGGAUUCAUCUUGAUCAAAUGCAUCAACAUCAAGACGGCAUCAGCACAUCCUUGCAAGACGCCAAGGGUUGUCUGUUUAAGCUGAGGGAAGACAUCAGUAAAACACUGGAGAAAGUGAGCAGUCGUGAGAAAUAUCUUAACACUCAGCUUGAGCAUCUUAUUUCAGAAUACCGCCAGGCACAAGCACAGCUCAACAAGGUAAAGGAGCUUUAUCAGCAAGCCAGUGGUGGCGUCACAGAGAGAACCAGGAUUCUGGCUGAGAUCAGUGAGGAGCUAGAAAAAGUCAAACAGGAAAUGGAAGAGAAAGGCAGCAGCAUGUCUGAUGGAGCUCCAGUGGUGAAGAUCCGUCAGAGUUUGACCAAGCUGAAGCAGGAGAUUGAGCAGAUGGAUGUUCGGAUGGGAGUGGUGGAGCACACGUUACUACAAGCCAAACUCAGAGAGAAAAACAACAUGACCAGAGACAUGCAUGCGACACACCUCUUAGAGCCCAACACACAGCCUUACUGAGUCUCACACUCUGGUGAUGUUGUAUGUGUUGGUUACAUUUUAUAUAAAUAUUUUGUGUUUAAAUAAGUUUUUAAGUGUAAAUAGCAAAAUAUCUAGUAUUGAACAAUAAAAUAAAUAUUCUUACUAUUAGAACUUUUACUCUCAAAGUUUGUAGAAGUUUUAACUUACGUAACUGUCUCCAGAGAAAGAGAGAAGGAUGUUGGUAAUAGAGGCCCCUGAGCUGAGCAUUACACACACAUGCCACUGUUCCAUGAUGCCAUCCUCACACACUGCAGAGAAACACUAGAGAUUAUUCUGGUCUGCUUCAGUUCAUUUACACAUACUCAAGUUAUCAGUCCACAUUCUGAGGAAAUGUUUGUUGAGUCUGUGUUCAGCCUAGGAACAAUUAACUUUUUGUAAUUUUGUUGAAUGACAAAUCCUA